UUCUGCUUUAGCUUUUCUCCUCACUUUGGAUUCAUGCUUCAGGUUUUCCAUUUAAAGAUUUUAAAGUCCAGAAGUCAUUUUGAAUCCACCUUUCGGGACUAAACAAGAGCAGAAGACAGAGAAAUAAAGGGAAGGAGGGUGAGUUUCAUACUGAGGCUCACCCUAAGACACUUCCCCUCAGCUUGAUAAGAUCAGAGACAGAAGGGGAGGCGGUGAUUGUCUGUAGUGUUUUUCACAGCCGCAGACCGAGUCAGCUGCACAGAGAAACGUCACCAUGCCAACCGUCAAGAGCAAGAAGAAGAAGCCGAAGAAGGAGGUCAACGAUGGAGAGGAGCAGGGAGAAGUGGGUGUGGAGGUGGAGAUGGAGGAAGUGACCAAUAGGAGCCACUCUGAGAGCAGAGACCCUUCGACCCCAGAGCCGCAGGACCCAGCACCACAGAAGAAGAAGAAAAAGAAGAAGGCGACUACUAUCGCAGAUCAGGAAGCUGAGCAUGCUGACAUGCCAAACGGUAACAUGGAGGACGAGCCAGUCAUGGACGGAGACGACAUGCCUGUCGCGGUAACCAGAAAGACGAAAAGGAAGAGGAAGGCGAAGACGACGGAGCACUACAGCAAUGACCUGGGAGCCGAAGACGACGAUAUCGUCACAGACGCCCAGUCCCCCAUCCCCCAGCAUUCCCUGUUCUCCGCUCCCCACGGACACAGCCAGCCGGUCGGCAAGGUCUUCGUGGAGAGGAACAGGCGUUUCCAGGCAGAGCGAGUUGAGCAGCUCCGACACUCAGAGCUGAUGGAUGACUACAUGGACCCCAGACAGGUCUGGACCACCAGAGACGUCGCUAUGAGGGUCCACAGUAGCUUCAGGGUGAUCGGCCUCUUCUCUCACGGUUUCCUGGCCGGCUACGCGGUGUGGAACAUCAUCGUCGUGUACGUGCUGGCGGGCGAGCAGAUGACCACGCUGCCCAACCUGCUGCAGCAGUACCACCUGCUGGCCUACCCAGCCCAGUCUCUGCUCUACCUGCUGCUGGCCAUCAGCACGGUGUCUGCGUUCGACAGGGUGAACCUGGCCAAGGCCUCCAUGGCACUGAGAGGCUUCCUCACCCUGGACCCUGCUGCUCUGGCUUCCUUCUUAUAUUUCAUAGCGCUGAUCCUGUCCCUCAGCCAGCAAAUGACCAGCGACCGCAUCAACCUUUAUCCUACAGCCAACGAGACUCUGUGGCCUCCAGGCUCGGAGCAGCAGAUCCUGCAGCCGUGGAUCGUGGUGAACCUGGUGGUGGCGCUGUUGGUGGGCGUGGCCUGGGCUGUCGUCUCCACGCGGCCGGACAUCGACUACACAGAAGAGUUUCUGAUGACAAUGGAAGUGGAGGGAUACCCGAGAGGAGACGAGAACCUGGACAUCCCUGCCUGAGACUCUGCCUGUCUGCCUGUCUGUCUGUCUGUCUGACUGCCUGUCUGUCUGUAUCUGUAAUGUAUAUGUCUGUACACUGUGUUCUCUGCGUGUGAUUUUGAAAAUAAAGAAACAGUAAAUGUGAA